AUGACCCCCACGCCCUCCCGCUCGCCCUCCCGGGGAUGCCCUCCCAGCCCUCCGUGUCUGCCGACCCUGGGCCUCGGGGCUCCUCCCCGCCCCUCAGCUCUCCCUGCAGACGCUGGGAUGAGGCCCCCAGCCCUGUUCGUGGUGCUCCUCUGGCUCCCAGGCUUCUUGGCCAAGGAAGAUGAGUGCCAGCCCCCGGAAGAGGGUCCCGUAGGGGCCAGUGGAGGACCGCCCCUGAGGGUGACGGUCAGCAGCCGGGGCAGGUCCGCCAGCCUCACGCUGAGCCGGGCCGCCCCUGGGCCGGGCGGACCCGGCCGCACCCUCCGCCUCAGCCGGCUGAACCCCCGCGGCUCCCCUGAACGGCAGCUGCUCCGGGCCCACACCAACACGUCCAGCUUCCAGUUCCGGGACUUGGUGCCAGGAAGUCGCUACCAGCUGGAGGCGACCGCCCCUGCGGGCAGAACGCCAGCCUCAGCCUCACCGCGCUCACAGGACCUGCAGCUCCACGGCUCUGAGAGCCCGUCCAGCCUGGGGGCCUCUUGGGGCUCUGCUCCUGGGGGGCAGGAUGGCUACCAGCUUGUCCUCUGCCACCUGGAGUCCCAGACAGUGGUUCACAACGUUUCCACGUCUGCCGGCACCCUGACCUACAAUUUUAGCCACCUCCUACCCGGCAGUGAGUACGUCUUGGAGGUUACCACCUGGGCUGCCCACCUCCAAGCGAAGACCAGUGCCCGCCAGUGGACAGCUCCUGUACCUCCAGGGCAGCUAGAGCUGCGUGCCCUGGGCACCAGGGCCCUGCGGGCCUCCUGGGGCAGCUCUGGGGGGGCCGCCUGGCUGCACCUCCUGCUCACAGACCUGCUCGGUGGCUCCAACCUGACGGCGGGCGUCACAAGAAGUGUCUCCAGUCACACCUUCCCGUGCCUCUCUCCUGGAACCCCCUACACGCUGACACUCAGGGUUGUCGCCGGUUCCCAUUGGGCAGCGGGGCCCAGUGCCACCGAGUGGACCCGUCCCUCCACGGCCCUGGACCUGCGGCUCGCUCCCCAGACCCCAGGGCUUGGGGCCAGCUGGAAGGCAGGCCCCGGGGCUUGGGAGGGCUACCUGCUCAGGCUGAGUGGGCCCGUGGAAAAGACCCUAAGUUUCGGCCCAGGGGCCCUCAACGUCACGUUCCCAGGGCCCCUGCCAUCUGGACACUACGCUCUGGAGCUCAGAGUUCUGGCAGGGCCCUAUAAGGCCCGGGCCCAGGCCGCUGCCUGGCUGGGUGAUGCUGCAGCCCAGCACCCGCAGGGCAGCGGUACCGAGCUGCCCCUGGAUGGGCCAGAGGCCAGCAAGGAGCCUGGGAGCCGGACACUGCCCUACUCCGAGGGGGCCCCCUGCCUCCUCAGAAACAUCUCAGGGCCACCUGGUGCCACCCAGGUCACGCUCCACGGGCCUGGGGCCCACUCCCAGGUGGACGCUGUCUCUGCUCUGGGCACUGCCACCGCAAGCCCCACAGGCCACGCAGGGCCCCCCAUGCCACAGUUGCUGGAGGUCACCAGCAGGGACAGCCCCUCCGCCUUGACCGUUGGCUGGGCCCUGGCACCAGGGCCGCGGGAAGGCUACAGGGUCAGCUGGCACCAGGAGGGUGGCCAGGGCUCGCUGGGCGGUCUUGUUGACUUGGGCCCGGACAACGCCAGCCUGACACUGCAGGGUCUUGCGCCCGGCUCCUGCUAUGCUGUGUCGGUGUGGACUCGGGUCGGGAACCUUAGUGCCAGCAUCCAAAGGGCUCGCGCCUGCACACUCCCUGCACCGCCCGCCAACCUGAGCCUGGGCCUGGCUGCCCAGACCCCUGCCCUGAGGGCCGUCUGGAACCCCCCUGCGGGGGGCAGGGACAGCUUCCUCCUGCGGCUCUACUGCCUGCGGCCUCCGGCUCUGGAGAGCUGGGAGACCCUGGGCCCCGAGGCGCAGACCUUCUCCUGGGCCCGGCUGGCUCCGGGCACCAAGUUCCUGGUGUGGCUGGCCACCCUGCGGGGCCCCGACCAGAGCAGCAGCGCCAACGCCACGGGCUGGACGCGCUCCCUCGCCCCUGCCCUGGUGAACGUGACCAGUGAAGGCGCCACCCAGCUCCGGGCGUCCUGGGUCCAUGCGCCGGGGGGCCGGGACGGCUACCGGGUGACCCUGUACCAGGCGGGCGUCCCGGUGUACUCCAGCCCCGUGGGGGCCCAGGUGGACGGUGCCAGCUUCUCGGCUCUGACUCCGGGCACUGACCCCAGUGGUGCCUACGGAGCUGCUGGUGUCCAUGCGGGCGGGCAGCGCCGUGGUCAGCCUGGCCUGGGCCAGCGGCCCCCGGGGCACGGAGCCUGCCCCACGCCGCUCGCGGGGGCCGGGCUCCUGUCCCGGGAGCAGCCCCUGGCCCUGGGCCAAGCCCGCCUCGUCCUGAGGGGCGUCACGCCUGGACGCAACCCCUCCUUGGCCGUGCGGUGCCGGGCGGGGCCCCUCCAGGCCUCCACGCACCCUGUGCGGCUGCCCGUGGGUGCGCUGGCGCCUGCUGCGGGCCGGGGCACCCUGAGCGCUAAGCCGCCCCGCCCCGCCGCUUCUCGUGCAGUGGGGGCCCUGCCCUCCCGCCCUGGGCCGCCCCCCGCUCUCCAGAUGGGUGGGGGUGGGGGGCGUCUGGAGGAGCGCUCGUUUCUCCCUGCGGCCGCCGUUCCUUUCUGGGGUAAAAGUGCCCAGUGCCUCUGA